AUGUCAUUCCCAAUUGAACAACAAUCUCCGCCGGGAUUGCAGCAAAAUUAUGUCGGCCAUCCGGGUAGCGGCUCCGUCGGUCCGGUCAUUGGAGUCCUCGUCGUCAUCAUUGUGUUUGCCGUCGUCGCCGUCGUUGUGGGGCGGCUGUGCUCGGGAAGAAGCAUAAUGGGCUAUGGUCAUUUCGACUUGGAGAGCUGGGCGGAGACAAAAUGUUCCUCUUGCAUUGACGGAAGGAUUACCCCACCACCGCCGAGGGUCGAUGCCUCCACCGCCGCUGCCUCCUCUCUCCCGGCAGGGACAAUGGCGGUCGGAACCCAGCAAGAAACUAAGCAAGAAGAACCAGCUUCGCAAAACCCAUCUGCCAACGCUUGA